UUUUAAAACAGUAAUUUUAGCUACAAAAAUUUACAGUUCUAAAUCCAACGAAAAAGAAAAUUUUAGGUUGGCUCCCGACUAACACAGAUUUUGCUCCAGUGAACGGUGGCAGCAGCAAGAAGAAGAGCCAAUUCACCUAUUGAAUCUACUACGACAAAGACUCCUUUUCAGAAAAGAAGAAAAAGGAAAACCAUGGCGGCUUUGUAGGUUUUGCACUCGAUUUUUCAUGUACUUGAUAAAUCGCAGCAACCAAACAAGAACAAGACGGCACCAUUCGCACACCUUUCGUAACGUCAAAGAGCUUAAAAACGCCGGGAUAUGGUUAAGAGCAAGCGAAACAAGUUGUUUAACCGACAUUAGUUUCAACCGUAUCUUCUUCGUCGGAAAAUUAUGGUUACCACCGAUCACGGUCGAUGAUUCAACCGGUCCUAAAUUCAUGAACUUAAUAGCUCACGAAAUGUGUCCGGAUUUCAAGAACGAUUUCACCGUCACUUCAUAUAUUUGUUUCCUUGAUUCAUUGAUCGAUGAAGCCGAAGAUGUAAAAGACCUGAGAGACGCCGGCAUACUAUACAACGGAUUGGGGAGUGAUGAAGAAGUGGCUAAGCUUUUCAAUAAGAUGAACACUGAUUUGGUUCCUAGUCCGACGAUUUACAAUGGGGUUAAACGGCAAAUACAUAAUCAUUGUAAGAAUAUGUGGAUUAAUUAUGCAGCUCAAGCUUAUCAUACUCAUUUUAGGAGUCCUUGGACGUUUUUGGCAUUUGUGGGUGCCAUUGCUGCACUUCUUCUUAGUGCUUUGCAGACUUAUUAUACCAUACAUCAACCAAAGUAAGUGUUCUUUUACUAGUCUUUUUAUGAACUCUUGUUAUUUGUAAUAAUUUUAUAAGAUUUUCGAUUCAAUAGAUUUAAUUUUUUAUGUUUA